GGGAUUCUGUUUCCGGGGUCCUAGCAGUGCGUAUUAAAGUGACAGAUAGCUGAAUUUGCUGAGUUUGACAUUACAUUCAUUUAAUUUAUUCUCAGUUUAAACCAGCUUUGAACAUGUCUGGUAGAGAAGGAGGCAAAAAGAAACCCUUAAAGGCACCCAAGAAACUGUCCAAAGACAUGGAUGACGAGGAUGUUGCCUUCAAACAGAAACAGAAGGAUGAGCAGAAAGCCAUGGAGGCGAUGAAGGCCAAAGCAUCAGGGAAAGGACCUCUAGCCAGUGGCGGGAUCAAGAAGUCGGGAAAGAAGUGAACUCCUGAAGACAAUUGUUUGUUCCCUGUUUGACUCCCUGUUUGUGUAAAGCCUUCAACUGUGCCGUUAAAUAAACAUGAACCCACUGGCGCUGCACUCCUCCAGCUCUGUCCGUGAAUCAAAUCAUCGCUUAGAGAAAACGGGAAAUGUUUCCAGAAAGACCAAUAACUCCCUUCUGCUGUAUAAUGGUAGAUUUCAGUUUUUGAUGUUUUAUAGUUUUAGUAAAAAUCUUCAAACCUGGAAUGGAAAUGAAAGUUUGAUGAUUUGAAAAUGGAAAGUAUGAAAUAAUAAUAAAAAAACAGAUUCUAACACACAAA